GCUCUUUCGGUUGCUCCUUCGGUUGUUGUGGUUCAGGCUCUUUCGGUUGCUCUUUCGGUUGUUGAGGUUCAGGCUCUUUCGGUUGCUCCUUCGGUUGUUGUGGUUCCGGCUCCUUCGGUUGCUCCUUCGGUUGUUGUGGUUCAGGAUCUUGUCGUUUUCGAAGAAUGUUAA